AUGAAGGAUGCAAAUGUCUCUAAGUCCUCUAUUGCUGCUGAUGUGUGGAGGAACAAUAGAUGGGCUUUACCUGACCCUAUUGACACUCAAACCAGUGAAGUUUGGGAGUAUAUUAAAGGUAAUUAUACCCUUAAUAGCAAUCUUGAUGCUAUUGCUUGGAAAGUUGCGGCUGAGAACAAGUUCUAUAGCAAAAACUUGGAAUCUUUGAAAAGAAAGAUAAACACCAAGAGCAGAUUGUUUAAAUGGGGUGUGGUGCAUGGUGAAGACUGUGUGUUGUGUUGUAAAGAUAAUGAAACCAUUGACCACUGUCUUUACAAAUGUGAGUUUGUUAGAAAAAUCUGGGAAAAUCUACUGCCUAUUUGUAACUGUCCUGAAAAUUUUUGCACUUGGAGGAGACUCAUUCGCUGGUUUUGCAUUAGAGCUUUAGGGAAAAAUGCAGCUUCUACCCUCAGAAGGCUGAUCCUAACUGCAAGUGUUUACUGUGUCUAUAGAGCAAGGAACAUGAUGAUCUUUGCUAAUGAGGACCCUGAUAAUAAAAACUAUUAUCAGGAAUAUUAA